GUCAAUAUCUUACGGUAGUAACACAAACAUUAUUCGAAAUUUAUUAAAAAAACGAAAUAUUCAUAAAUAUACACAUCAUUUGUGUCUUCGUUGUACUUACUCGAUUUUCUAUAAAAACCAUUAAAAUGGAUUUGAUCGAGAGACCCACAUUAAACGUUCUUGAUCCAGAUGAUAAAUUAAUGGAGAAGUUUCAAAAAACGUUUCAUGCUCAUUUAACAGAUGUGAAUAAUAGACUUUCGGAAGACAUAUACGAACUAGAAACAACGAUAAAACAAACUGAAAAUCAGAUAGAAUCGAAAGGUACGCAUCUGUACCAAACUCAACAAGAAAUUGAUCGUCAACAUACAACUAUACUACAAUAUAUAGAAGCAUUGACGAAUAUUGCGUCGCUAAGAGAGAAAAGAUGUCAAAAUAUAGAGCACGUUAAAAAAGUUCUGAAGGAAAAUCAUUGUAAAUUGAAGGAAGAAAGAUAUAAGAAGGAAAAGCUUUCGCAAGAGUUAAAAAAUUUAUUGGCCCGUUAUGGUUAUUUAUCCAAAUGGGAGGAAGAUUUGAAUGAUUAUUUGAAAAAGUCGAAACAGAUAUCGUCGUUAGAUGUCACUAGAAAAAAGACGCUAAUCAAAAGGAAACAGCAACGAGAUUUUAUUUUGUAUCGAUUGAGGGAAGAAGUGUGGAAGAUCGAAGCAGAGAUAGCGUAUUUGGACGAGCAAUUACAAAUUAAAGACAGAGAAAAAGACGAUACUAAUAGAGUAAUAAUCGACGUAAAUACUGAUUUAGAAACUCUGCAUACGGAGAACAAAGGCUUGCAUAAUACAUGGAAAUCCAUCGUAGCUAAUAUUUAUAAACGGAAUAAUGUAUAUGAUCAGUUGCAUUCGAAACAAGAAGAAGUGCAUAAAUUGUGCGAUGCACUGUUAAUGGAAAUACUAAAGAUCAAAAGAGAAACAGAAAAGGAGAUGGAAGUCAAUGAGCAUUUAACGUCCUUAUCUUUUCGUAUAAAGAAUGAUAUUAAAAUUGUAUCGAAUGUAAUAUCAACGUACAAUGAAAAAGUUGCGGACAUUGAAUUGCAAUUACUAAAAUUAACGAAAGUCGACGAGCAAACACAAUGUGUUUAUAAUAUUAUUUUUGCUAAAUAUCAGAACUAUUUAUACAAAGAGGAACAAGCAAAUAAAAAGUAUCAAAUUAUUUGCGAAAAGAAAAAUAAUUUGGAAGAUACAAUAUUUAAAAAGUUGGAAGAAAAGAUUAUAUGCGACAAAACAGCGCAAUAUGUAAACGAGUUAUUAUUAAAUACGAAAAGUGUUGUGUUACAGCAUGAAAUUACAGUCGCGCAUAUAGAAAAUUUAUGUGAAAAUAGUCGUUUGAGAUUAGAGAAACUUGCGAAUCUCAUUGCGAACCAGAAAACAGAGUUAGAGAAAUUUUUGCGAAGGAACGAUGGAAAAGUAAAGCAUAUAGACGAGCUGCAAAAAGAAGUAAAGAAAUAUGAGACUGCGAUCGAAAGAAAGCAAAGAAAACUUCUUGAGAUAAAUAAACUGAUCAAGCAGAUUACAGCAAAACUCGGCGAUGAAAAUUUAGGCCCGCAGGAUUUGAAGAUCAUCACUUUGGAAAAGAAUAUACAAGAACUCGUACAAAAUGUUCAGAAAGCACAACAGUUUUGGAUGCGUCAACAAGGUUUUAUGGUUUCGUUGAGCCAACAAAGAGAGUCACAGUUACGAGAGUUAAAUCUUCUUGAUAAAGAAAUUAUGAUAAUGGGACAAAAGAAUUAUAAAUUAGAGUAUACAUUAGAAAUACUUACGAAAGAAGAAACAAACAUAAACAAGAUCAUAGUUUCUCUCGAACAAAAAAUGUUACACAUAAAUGCAGAUUUGGUGAUACAAAAAGAUCUGAAAGAGGAAUUGGAAGACAAAAAUUGUAUAAUAAAAAACGAAUGCAUUUUAUCGUUUCAAGAACUGGAAUUCGAACUUAUAAAAUUGCAAAACAAUUUAAAAAAUAUCUGCACUGAAAAAAUGAUAUUAAAGGAAGAAUUGAAAUCUUUGCAACAGGAGAGUUUAUCGUGGGGGAAAAAGGUACAUUUGCUGCAAGAAACAAUAAAAGAAAUAAAAGAAGAACGAAAUUCUGGCGAUAUAGCUUCGAUGAAAAAUGAAAUACACAAAAUGGAAAUGAGAUUUUCCUAUUUGAAAAGAAUCCAAGAAAAAUUAAUUCACGAUAUGGAACUCUGCGUAGGAAGGAGAGAUAUUAUAGUCAAUAAAGUGAUAGAUAAGCUUAACAAAAAUCCGAAAGAACGACACAAUGAGAAAAUUAUAAUGCGGAAACGUUUACUCGAUCUACGAUCAAAAAUCAAGCAGUUUUUAAAGAUAACAAAGCAAACUGAUGACAUAAUGAAACAAUUGAAAAGCCAAAUAAACAACAUUGGGAGUAAAUUGACCACGUGUCAACAAGAUUUGCGAAAUUUAAGAAAACAUAUUUUCGAUAUGGAAGACGAAAUUGAACAAUUUGAAAUGUUAAAAUACCUUAAUUUGCAUCGGAUAGUCCUUAAACAAAGAAAAGUAAAACAAUUACAUAAUAUAAAAAAUCGUACGUAUAAGAUGAUUUACAAGAAUGGAAAUAUGAUAGAAGAGAAUUUGAAAAUGGAGCACACCUAUCGGCAAUAUUUAAAGCACAUAAUCGAAAAGGCUGAUCAUGAUUUUCCAAUGCUGCAAGCCAAUUUACGGAAAAUACUGUUAAUCCUGCAAAUACUUUAAGAAACUGAUAAUAAUAUAAUAUGAUAAUUGUCAAAUAUUGUUAUAUCAUCAUAUUGUGAACAUCGCAUCGGUCGUAUCGCUGAUAAGAAAUGAAUACCUGCCGAAGUAGUGAUUACGUUGAAUCCGCCAGUAUCGUAUUUCUUAACUUACAAUCAAACUUGAAACACGAACAAUAUUUCACGGAUUUUCCAAGUUUUGUUCAAUCGACAC